CUUCAAGCUGUCAUGUCAGGCGACGUCGUAGAGACUGACAGCAAGCUAGCUCUGCUCUUGUCCAUCUUCGAGACAUAUUCGGCUGAUGACCUCCUCGAGUCACUUCACAAGCAUGAUGGCGAUAUUGCCGACACUGUUGCUGCUCUUUCACAACCAUCUCUCAAACGCAGACUCUCUCCAUCUGCAUCCACACAACUCAAAUGGAAUGACACGGCCGAAGCUCCUGCAAAGCGUAGAGCUACCAUUGUCGAGCUAAAGACGAGAGAACAGAUUGAAGCUUCACCGCUACCCUGCACGCUCAUCUUGAAUGUCCUGCCAAGUCAGCUCGCUAAUGCGCUUCUUCGGAGGAUGUUAAAGGAAGGAGAAACUUGGGAGAAGGGUUACUUUAAGCUCUUUGACCGCACCGUCACGAGUCCUCAUGUUUCUUGCUUUUACCUGCCCACAGAGAAAGAUGUCUCGAAACAUGCUGCUUACGCGUAUAAUGGCCAGCCGCUGACAGAUAUCCGAGUCUUCCCAAGGGAGAUGACGGAAGCGCAUGGCAUCAUCAACGAAGUGACGAAUACUUGGAUGCACCAACAUGAUCAUCUACAAGGAGACGACAGGUGGCAAGCAAAUGUCGCUUUUAGCAAUCUGUAUGAUGGUCGGCAUUCCAGUGUAGGGUAUCAUUCAGAUCAACUCACCUACCUUGGCCCAGCCCCCUGUAUUGCAAGUCUAUCAUUGGGUGUCGCACGCGAAUUCCGUCUCAAGCCCACACAAACGCUCGAUUCAACAGUGUCUUUGACAUAUAUCGUCAAGCUACCGCAUAAUUCUCUAUUCAUCAUGGGUCCACGAUGCCAGGAAGACUACAAACACUCUCUGACUGCGUCUCCGAGUGCUGGUCUAGAUCGACAUGCGAUAGCAGGGAACUCAAGAAUCAACAUUACCUAUCGGCAAUACAGGCCUGCCUUCACACCGGAUAAGCUGCAUACAUGCAAGUGUGGCGUACAAGUCGUCUUGCGAUGUGCAGUCAAAGCGAGUGAAGCGAAAGACACUUUGUCAACUGCAGAAGACGGUUGGUAUCGUGGACGACGUUAUUUUUGGCAUUGCGAUGGCGACAAACGACCAGACUGCUCUGGAUGUGGCUAUUUUGCUUGGGCAAAGCUGAAUGACCAUGGUGAUCCAAUCUAA